UAUAUCUAAUACAUAUUUACAUGUAGUUUCAUUUACUAAUUUGCCAGUGUAGUCAUGGAUAUGGAAUUACCGUAUAUGGCGGAGUAUGCCAGAACUGGACGCGCUUCUUGUAAAGGAUGUAAAUCGUCUAUUUCAAAAGACCACCUUCGAAUCGCUGUUAUGGUUCAAUCUGCAUUUCACGACGCGAAAGUUCCGAACUGGUUUCAUAAAAACUGUUUUUUUAAGAAACAACGACCAGCCUCGGUGGGAGACAUUUAUAAUUUUGAAAAUCUACGAUUUAAUGACCAAAAGGACUUAGAGCAUCUUAUUGCUACAGUACCUGAAGUUGUGUGUGUAAAAACUGGAAAAAAACGUUUAAAGGUUGAUAGCGUAGCAUUAAAAGAUUUUGGAGUUGAAUAUGCAAAAUCCGGUCGAUCUUCCUGUCGUGGAUGUGAACAAAAAAUAUGCAAAGAUCAAGUGCGUAUACGUAAAACUGUUUAUGAUACUGAAGUAGGAAUGAAGUAUGGUGGUCAGCCCUUGUGGCAUCACUUGGAAUGCUUUGCCCAAUUGCGCACAGAGCUUGGUUGGUUUGAUUCUGGGGAAAAUCUACCCGGCUACUCACUUUUAAAGUCUGAACAGCAAACGGAAGUAAAAAACCUUAUCCCGUUAAUCGGAUCUAAUGAAAUACCAGAAGCAAAGAAAAUGAAAAUAGAAAAAAACAAUGAAGCUGAAGAAGAAGAAAAAAAUACACAAAUAAAAAACCAAAAUGAUCUAUUUUUCAAAUUUCGCGAUGAUCUUAAAAGUCAAAUGAAGAAAUCAGACAUCAGCAGACUCUUGAUUUGGAAUAAUCAACAGCCUUUAAUCGGUGAUUCUGAAAGAUUAUUUGAUCAAGCUGCAGACUUACUGGCGUUUGGUGCAAUUCAAUCUUGCUUAGAAUGCAAAUGUACUCAAUUUACAUUCAAUAAAUCAGGUUAUAUAUGUAAUGGUAAUAUUUCUGAAUGGACUAAGUGCCAUACGCUGUUAAGAGAACCUGUUAAAUCAGCUUGCAAAAUACCAAAGGAUCUUAUAGAAACAUAUACUUUUUUAAAUUCUGUUCAGAAAAACCCAGUAGCAAGGAUAUUACAAUAUUUUCCUCCAAGUGAAAACACUAUAAAUAAAAAUUUAAAGCUAAAAAACAAUUGCGGUGAAAGUGACGGACCAAAAAUUAUUCGUAAAACGCCUCCAUUGUAUAAUUUAAAGUUUUCCCUUAUCGGUAUGAAAAAUAUGGAGAAUGAAUUAAAAAGAAGAAUAGAAAAGUUAGGCGGCCAAUGUGAAAAAAAAAUAUCGAAUACAACCAUUGCAAUAUUAUCCACUGAAUCAGAAGUAGAAAAAAAAUCUGCCCGUAUGGAGUCUGCGAAAAAACUGGGAAUACAUAUUGUUCCCUUAGAAUAUUUGGAUUUUGUAGAAAGUGACCCUGACGGAGCUAUUAAUUAUAUAAAUAGUAUGAGCUUGUGUAAUUGGGGUACUGAUCCCCUUCUAAAAAAAUCUCUGGAUGAUCCAAAGAGCUCGAAGUACAAAAGUAUAUAUACAAAAUCUGUGCCCACAUCAAAAACGUUAAAAGUUAAGGAUGGGAUAGCUGUGGAUCCUGAUAGUGGCCUUGAGGAUAUCGCUCAUGUAUACGUUUGCGGAAAAGAUAAAUACAAUGUAGUACUCGGCUUGACUGAUAUUCAGCGAAAUAAAAAUUCUUAUUACAAAUUACAGCUUUUGGAAGCUGAUAAAAUGCCAAAAUACUGGAUUUUUCGAUCUUGGGGUCGAAUUGGUACCACUAUUGGAAAUUCAAAAAUUGAGGUGUUUGAUACAAUUAUCCCCGCCAUCAAAGUCUUUCAAAAAGUUUAUUUUGAUAAAACUGGAAAUGAUUUCGAAAAGAGAGACAACUUUGUUAAAAUUACUGGACAUAUGUACCCAAUAGAAAUUCAGUAUGAUGACAAACCGAAUAUUUGUUUACAUGAAACACAAACAUCUGUUAAUUCGAGUCUUGAUGCCUCCGUACAAAAUUUAAUACGGCUUAUGUUCGAUGUUGAUUUUAUGAAAAGGACAUUGAUGGAGUUUCAUAUUGAUAUGGAAAAAAUGCCAUUGGGAAAACUCAGCGUAAUUCAAGUACAAUCUGCUUAUAAAGUGUUAAGCGAAAUAUUUGAAUUAAUCAAAUCUGGAUCCAGUAAUGUAAAACUUAUUGAUGCGACAAAUCGAUUUUAUACCUUGAUUCCUCAUAGUUUUGGAAUACAGUCUCCAGACUUAAUUAAAACUUAUAAACAAAUCGAAGAUUUACGAGAAGUAUUAGAUUCGCUAGCUGAAAUCGAGGUUGCCUAUAACUUGAUAAAAAGCGAAAAUUCUAAUGAAAGCAUGAAUCAUUUGGACAAACAGUAUGCGCAAUUAAAUGCUAAAUUAGAUCCAUUAGAUAAAAGUACUGAAGAGUUUUCCAUUCUUAAAAAUUAUGUUAAGAAUACUCAUGCUUCAACCCAUAGCGCAUACGAACUGGAAAUAGUGGAUGUGUUCAAAGUACAGCGUCAAGGGGAAUCAAGGCGUUAUAAACCAUUCAAGAAGUUACAUAAUAGAAAACUAUUAUGGCACGGCUCCCGUAUAACAAAUUUUGCCGGCAUAUUAUCACAUGGUUUGAAAAUCGCACCUCCAGAAGCUCCACCAACUGGUUAUAUGUUUGGCAAAGGAAUUUAUUUUGCAGAUAUGGUGUCAAAAUCAGCCAAUUAUUGUUGCACAACCCAGCAAAACUCAACUGGAUUAAUGCUUCUUUCUGAAGUUGCCUUGGGAGAUAUGAUGGAAUGCACUGGAGCUAAAUAUGUUACAAAACUCCCGAAGGAUAAACACAGUUGCUUCGGUCGAGGUGUUACAAUGCCUAAUCCAAAGGAAAGUUAUUUUCGAAGUGAUGGAGUUGAAAUACCUUUGGGGCAAGCAGUCACCAAUUCAAGUAUAAAAUCGUCAUUAAUUUACAAUGAAUAUAUUGUGUAUGAUGUUGCCCAGGUGAAUGUGCAGUAUCUGUUUCGGAUGGAAUUUAAAUACAAAUAUUAGCUUGAACAUAUGAACAUAUAAAAUUUUA